AUGACUGCAAAAUAUCAAGAUCUCUAUUUAAGGUUAUUAAGUACUCAUUCUCAAUCCCCUGAACCAUCUGCCCCACUUUCCAGUCAAACCAAGCACCAUGGGUCCGGGAGGCAUUGGACCGAUGAAGAAAGUGCUCUAUUGGAAAAACAUCAGGAGGAGUACAGAGACGCCAACGACGCUGCUCGUGCUGAGAUAUUUUCUCAAGUUUUGCAAGACAUGCUCGACAUACUCCCCAAUGGAAAAUCGUUCAAGAAGGAAGAAAGAUCAGCUGUUAAAAAAGAUAUUAAAGAGUGGUUUGCCCGGUACAGUCGUAAGAGAAGUCAGAAAAUGCCGAGGAUGGGAAAGUCGUGGCACACCCGGCGUGUGUUCCAGCAUGAGAACAAGGACGCCAUCGAUACCGAAGCGAAAAGGCUUUGUGCCGAAGCCAUUGAAGAGGGACAAAAGAGGCCUAAAGGGGGAGAUCCCACUCAUUUUGAUUUUCGGGAGCGGGUCGUGACUCAAAUGAUGGGAAAACUGAAGAAAAGGGAGAAAGACGUACUGCAGAGGACGGCCGAGGAGUACAACAAGAAGGGAGUUGACCCGGAACUCAAGUCCAAACUGGCUGUAAAGAACUGCACGGCUCGGAUGCAUGCAUUUUCCAAGGAACUUUAUGACACAAUGGGUGUCCGGGUCUUUAUCUUAGGAUGUUAUCUGAAGCCCGAUGGUAAUUUGGAUGUCUCGACGUACAACUUCAAUCAAGAACUCGGGAAUGGGAAAGACUUUAUUGAUAACCAUAGCCGGACUUUCCAUGAGGAAGGAAUAUCGGUAUCUUCUUGGAGAGCACACAAUGAAGAAUACUAUGGGUUGGAGGAUCUUGCUUCGGCCGAAGGAGGACACCGAUCCCGGGGUGCUAUGACUUUGGAGAAGAACCUAUACCUGGAACCUAUUCUACCCGAUCCAUCGAAACCACCACUUAAAACUUCCCAUGAUAUUCGAAUUUGGCGGCUGAAUGUUCUUCGUACAUUUGUCAACCAGCACUAUACUGGGCAGAGUAAGGGAUCGGCUCCUUGGACGGCUAUUGGAUCAAAGUUACUUGACUUCAUUGAUCUAGAAUAUAUACCCCCGGCUUGGAGAUCAGUAAAUGGAGAAGGUAACAACUUUUACAAGUUUCUUGAUCCCUCCAAAUUCCCGAUGGAGAUGGUCACUGAAGCUCUCCAGUUUUGGUAUGAACGUCAAGAACAACACAAAGUCGCCUUUCGAUUUAAAUCCUUUCUUGAGGGGAAAAUGCUGCUGGAAGCACCUCCACGCAGGAAAAUCAAAGUUCACGUUCCUAAACCUCAUGUUCAUAGUGUUGGGAAGGGCAAGAAGCCCAGCAGAAGCAAGGGUCAAAGGAGAGGCCGGGCAGCAACCGAGUCACCAUCAGAUGAGGAAGCCAGGCCAAAGAGAAAGGAAGGGGUGGAAGAUCGGCAGUUCGAUGACAACAGUUGGAAGGAUUUGGAUUUUUCUAAGGAUGACUGGACUCCUGAUCGGGAUGGCUCCGAUGACGAUGGAGAAGACUUGGACAUGGAGAAACCAACCAAGAAACCAACCAAACAGCAUGACGAACAUCGUGAGGAUGGCUCCGAUGAUAGUGACUCAGACUCCGAUAAUGGUCAAGAGAGGCCAAAGCAGGAUACUCUGACCGAGCCCACAGUGAAACCUAGCAGGGUCAACCUGACCUUGGAAGAGGAUAGAGACUCGGGAUCAGAUUUGGGCUCAGACGAUGCUAUGAUCACUGUAGAUACCAGCCCCGAGCUUCAGCCUCGGUACAACGACACCCGGGCUCUCUCCCAUGAAGUACCAUCGGACACUGAGGUCUUGGCUGAUGAUACAUUUUGGGAAGCUGACCUGGGCUGUGGGGUGGAGUCGGCCAAUCGAGUGAAGAAGAGAAAAUUCACUGAUGAGGAGGAUACACCCUGCAAGUUUCCUCGGUUAGAGAAGGGUUACAAACUUGGCCCGAGGAGUGCCCGACCAGGCAAAGUCAAAUGCCAAGCUGCCUCGGCUGUUAUCCAAGCCACUGUCAAACCAGCUCAAGCAACCAAUCUGAGGUCGGACACAACCAAAGCUUCGAAUAGCUUUGAUUUCACUAAGUCAAGUGGUGUCAACGCAAAACAACCAGUCCCUUCAAAACAAAAGGAGUCAGAGGCCGGUCCCAGUCAGCAACCAUCUAUUGAUGUCCCCACCAAGCCAAAACCAAAACCUCGUCCUAUCAUGAAAGGCAAGGUUUCUACAGGGGAACUCGGUAUAGUAACCCGAGAACGGUCGAAAAAGAUUGCUGAAGAAAGUGUUCGUUCCACCUGGUCCAAGAAAGUUUCAUUCGUCAGUUAA